AUGGCUGGCGUCGUUGCGACCCAGCAGCCGGAAAUGGAGGACGAGGCUAUGAACGAUAUCGCUUUACUAUCCCCCGAUGCCCCGCGUCUCGAUUCUGCUAUGGUCUCUUCACCCGGCGAUCCCAUGGACAUCAGUCCAAUGCCCGCCACGAACCACCAGCGCCAGCCCGCUUUCGAGCAGCAAUGUGCUCAAAAUGGCUCACAGCGUGUCGAGAAAACCUCAAACAAAACAUUUAACAGUCUCCCUCAGCCCUCCUUCACAAAUGACCACCCUGUUCUGAGCUCCACCGCUGGUUACGUCAAGCCUGAUGGCAACAACAACAAACCUUCAUCGGGGUUACAGAACCGCAGAACUACCUUCCAACCCCAUCGUUUUUCUCCAAAGAAUCGCGCAUCUGUCAAGCAGGGUCAUUUAAAGCGUCUUCCGUUGGCCGUGCAGGCGAAGCUCGGUACUCCUUACAAGCCCGCCUUGGUUGGCAUGAAUCGCAACUUCCGAACAUUGCCCUCGUCUAACCCUCAGCCUGAUCUUCAGUCGAACGACAAUCACUUUACUGUUAAUGGCUACCCUCCCCUGGAUCUCAAUCAUGUUCACUAUCGUCCGACUCUCGACCCUCCUGUCAAUCGGCAAUUGUUCAAAACUACUGCUCCUAUACCUGCACCUACGAACUCCGCGACCGGCUCCACUAGUGACGAGACUACUGCGAAGCGUACUUCCGAAAAGACUAUUACCUCUGUUGGUCCUGAUGACGGAGCUGGUUGCGAAGAUCCUCACGGGACCACUAGCGGAUUUUCCCUGCAGCGCACACCUCUUGCCAAAGGACAAUUGAACCACAUCGAUACCAAUCGUCCCGCGACUUACGUUAGCCCUAAGUACCGCAAACUAAGCCAACGUGACUCGGACUCCGCUACUACUUCGCCCGCUCAUAAUUCUCAACAAAUGGCCUCUGCCCAAGAUAACGGACACUCCAACCCUUCUAAACAGCCGACACUCGCACCCAUUAGUUCUUCUAAUCUGAUCUCACCUUCCAAACCUAACAUAUCGAUCAACAAGACCCCAUCCAUGGGAAGGACAGAUGAUUCCAAGCACACUGAAGCUUGGAAUGACAUGUUAGAGCUCCAGGAUGCUCUUCGGAAUCAGGGUAUUGCCCCAGAUAACCCACCCUACCAGGACCCCAUUAACGAACCCCCCAAACCUUGUCAUCAUCGUAUGCCGGGUAGUUGGCCAGAAGAUUCCCUUGACUUUCCUGAGCCUAUCAGAGACGGACCCCAUCUUUUUAUUCAAGACCCAAAUCUCUCAGGAGACCAUGGUUCGCUGAUUCCCAGUACUCUAGUUACUUCACCGGAAUUUCACAAAACACAAGAACCAGCCAAUUCAACCCUUUCGCCGAAGUCCUAUGAUCCUGCAGCCUCCCAGGAUGCCGCGGUUAUUCAAGCGCAAACUUCAGAGGCAGGCCAAGAUUCACAGCCAAAAGACGACAUCUCCUAUGCUUCGUUUUCCUGGAGUGACCAACUUUGGGGAGCCACGCAAAGCAUCUUCGCCACUGCCAUUGCUCUUGCUGACACUUUCAAACGACGUGCCGUUGCUCUUUUUGAAGAGCCUCGUCCUACCUCUCGUCGGGCUAGCCAUACUGUUACCUCGAGCUCCCCGACUAGAGCAAAUUUGCGUAUGCUUUCAGAAGAGCAACGCAGGCGUCUUAAAAGCAACCAGUGGCGCAUAGACAGAGGCUAUCCGACCGUGCAAGACUAUCCAUUCCCCGAGUUGUCUCUUGAUGCCCCCCAAUUCCUGACUACAACGGAUGCAUUGCCAGAAGAUGAAGCUCCUCUAAAGCCUGUUAUUUCUGACGCGAAGAAAUCAAUUAGUAGCGACGGGCCUUGUCGCAAACAUGGCGCUCCCGUGAUAGACCGCAAGCGCCGAACUGUUAAAUCCGGAAUCAGCAAAAGGUCCACGUUUCAGGCAUUAAGUCCGAAUAUGAAACGACGAAUGCAUAUGCGCCCCGGGAAACGGAACAUUCCUCGUACCCGACUGGACCGCUCAUUGGUACAUGCUGUCCAAUCUGGUAAAUGGACCCUGGAUGAUCUUUCCACAAAGCCGAAAGGACGUGUCGCUCCGGUGCAGGAUCGUAAAAGGAGGUUGGAACUCGCCACGACUGAAGCCGCUCGCCAGAAACGAGCUGCGCCAAAGAAAGUGCGAUUCGUACUUCAGUCUGCGCCUCCUGAUGACGAUCCGGCACUCGUGGGCCAUCAUUUGCAUCCCGGGCUUAUGAAAACAUUGAUUGAAGAGGAAAAGGAAAACGAACCUCCGAAAUACGUCGAGGAAGAACCUGAGGCCCCUGAUCCUGGGUUGAGCUCGUGGCUUCAAUCCGAGUUUCCAUUUGGAAGGCCUGUAUCUGCUGUUCGGCUUUUUGCUCCCGGUGCCAAACUUCCCCAGGGCCGUAGCGAAUCCAUCUAUGCGGCUGAAUGGCGCAAAAUUCAAGAGGAAGAAAAAGCCAAGCAAGUCCCCGCCCGUAUUCGUCCUGAGGGGCCCGCGGUUCGACCGCUUCCACCGAAAUGGGAGGCUCGACUGGCGGAAACCAAGGCGUUCCCGGACAAUCGGCAGAUUGCCACAACUUUGUCCGGCGAUCCUUUGACCAAGAGAGACCUCGCCACCUGCUACACGCCUAUGAAGUGGCUCAAUGACGAGGUCAUCAACGCAUACCUCGCUGUCCUCAUCGACUACCUCCGACGGGCCAAUGGCAACGCGGGACGCCACGACAAGCCCAAGUUUCAUGCGUUUAACACCUUUUUCUUCUCGAAUCUGAGAGAUAAAGGCUACUCGUCCGUUAGCCGGUGGGCCAAGCGGGCCAAGAUCGGAGGAGAAGCCCUGCUUGAAGUCGACACAGUUUACAUCCCUGUGCACAACAGUGCUCAUUGGACUUUGAUGGUUGUCAAGCCGACCGAGAGAUCUAUUGAAUACUUCGACUCGCUGGGUUCCGCUUCACCUCGUCAUGUGGCUAUAGUCAAGGACUGGCUACGUGGAGAGCUUUCCGCCCGGUUUGUCGAAGAAGAGUGGUCGGUGGUUCCCACGGUUUCUCCUCAGCAAGACAACGGGAGCGACUGCGGUGUAUUUCUACUGUCAACCGCGAAGGCCGUCGCCGUCGGAAUUGAGCCACAAUCUUACGGGGCGAGAGACAUUCCGCUUCUGCGGCGGAAGAUUGUGGCCGAGCUGAUGGCUGGUGGCCUUGAUGGAGACUUCAAGCCCGAGGGAGAGACGGGUGAGGUGUUGAUGUGA